AUGGAUUCAAAUGCUUUGUUAUAUUCGCUUGAUUUAACUGCUGGUAACGGUAUAACGUUGAGUUCUGAGCACAAAGCGGCACUCCAAACCUCGUUGGUCAUUUUAAAAAGAAACUACAAAUUCAAACGUGUUCUUUUUUGGGGUAAGAUUUUAGGAAUAAAAGGCGACUAUUUCAUCGCUCAAGGAGUUGCAGAGGAUGAAAUGAGCGACAAAAAAACUUUGUACAGCUUCAACUGCAUGGAUUGGCAGCUGCUUCCCCCGGCCACGGAGGAGAUGCUCGCGGAGGUGUCCAAAGCAGCUAAGGGGCGUUUUGUAGGGGACCCGUCACAUGAGUACGAGCACGCGGAGACGCUGAGACGAGAGGAGGAGGACGAGGCUGUGGAGGAGGAAGUAACGGUGAAAGUGAGUGAGGAGAAGAGACUGGCUGCUACAGUCUUCACCAUCGACACAGAGGUGUCAGUCGUGCCUCGCGGUGCUUACAUCAAGACCCCUCAUGGAACGGUCCAGAAUAACCGCAGCUUUGAAGGGCUGUCAGUCACCGAGGCAAGCAAACUGAGGAAUUACUUGCAUUUCACUGAGCCAAAGAACCUGAAGAAAAAGUCCCUCCUGGAGAUGGCUGAUCUGAACCCCUGCAUUGACUUCCUGGACCCUCUGAGUGAGGACAUUCCCAAAGGCUCGUGGAGUUUGCAGAUGGAGCGGGGCGGAAGCGUGUGCGUGAUCCGGAGCCUGCUGUGGCUAGGCCUGACCUUCUUCCACGUUCCCAUGAGCCCGCAGCACGGCUACGUCUACAUGGGCGACGGCCUGAAGAACCUCGACCUUCCUUUCAUGCUUUAG